CCAUGGUCCGCAGUGCUGGCGGGCGAGGUUCUAAAGACACAGUUUGCGAUGAUAUUCCAACUUGCUUUUGCGCCUUAGAGUUUUGCUCAGCAUGCAACAGCCCCCAGGAAGUUUCAUUGAAACUUCCGAUGCUGACGAGUUAGGUACGGGUGUUGGCUCUCCUCGGCCGAUCGAAGGUAUUUUUUCCACAUUCCGACAACAGAACUAUGUGGGAGCCGGGUCAAGACACUGCUUCAAGACCUGAUCAAUCUGGUACUUUUUUUUUUCUUUCCAAAUAGCGAGAUCGCAAUACGUCAUGAAUGACCUUUCAACUCGUGGUGGUGAAUUGAAAUUCCUAGUGAAGUAUACUGCUGUCACGACCCGGCCGGAAGCCUCGAGUCCAGACUGGUCCCCAAAGUCCUGACUACAUCGUCAUGGUCAUGGUUGAGAACUCACUCAGUGAGUACCCCUCAUAGCAGUAUCUCGAAAAACGAAUACCACGCCUACAGGAGAAUGAGAUCAAACAGAUUUUAGCAGCCAGCGGAGUGAGUGAGGGGUCACAUGACGUUCGUUAUUCAUCGCCCAACGGCUGGAAGAGACUUAUCCUAGACAAGAGAUUCAACCCAACUCUAGCAACUCGUCCCUCAAAAGCUUACCAGCCUCCUCUAUCAUUUUAUAGCGUGCAUGGAUCGUGCUCGCUGUGCUCUCCACUCCGCAUUGACCCUGCCACUUUACCCAGCCAAAAGUCUAUCCCGAUGACGUUAUAGCUUUUCGGAUGGAUGGCGAUGGAUUCGGAAUAUCCGCCCCUACCGUCAACUGAGACCAUUGCUAAUUCGCUCCGACAUACCGCAAUCUCCGAUAAAGGAGGUGUGGCGAAUUCAUUAUUCUCAGGGCGACCAGUGCUGGCAUCCGUCGCGGAGAGUCUCAACGGCGGCGGGCCCGACUUGGGCUCUCAAACGACUACUCGGGUCAUUGCUGAGAGCGGCGACAUCUUUUUGGAAUAUGAAUCUCCCACGACGGGAGUGAAUGGCCUUGCUUCUUACCGCUGGAGAGUCGACAGUGAAAGCUUAAUGCAAAGCAGCCCCUACUUUUGUGCUCUCUUGGACCCGAAUAAGUUCUCAGAGGGGAAACAUCUCAUGAGGCAACGGGAACUUUAUAGCCAGGGCCUAGAUUCUUGGAAACAUGGGGGAAACUUUGACUCUUCAGACUAUGCACACGUACAGGACUAUGCCUUGCCGACUAUCCGAUUGCCAAACAAUCAUCCAUCAUAUUGUUCCGGAUUAGACACCAUUGAGCUAUUCCUCAGGAUAUUAUCAUAUCACUCAUUUAAUGAGGAAGAACAGGAGAGCUUUAGUGCCGAAAUCAGAGGACAGCGGCCGUCAUCUAUCGCGAAAUUGAUUGAGCUAGCCGAUGCCUAUAACUCUACGCAGGCUGUCUAUGAUACCCUUGGACGCUGCAAUUAUACGCUGGGGAGGCCAAAGCUCCCCUUGACCAAGUUCAACUCUUCAGUAUUGAGGUUGAGCGAAGACCGUAUCCGGCAAUCUAUUUUCGUUGCCAGUUUUGUAAAUGAACGGACUAUUUUUCAAAUACUAACUCAUGCCCUGAUCGUGUCUGGGUCGAAAUUCUGGGUUAGUGGCAUCGAGAGUCCAGACCCCGAUACUCCCAAGUGGCAAUAUCUUCCUGAUGGCCUUGAAGAAGAGCUCUACUACCGCCGACAAUGCGUCCUCAACACCAUCACAGACCUGCAAGCCCACUUCCUCCGUGUCUUUGGCGCCAUCGAAGAGCACACGGUCCCAACAAAGCCCAACAUCCCCAAUCAGCCGACCAAACCAUACCAGUGCCGCUGUGGUCUAGGCAACUCGAGCGCCUGCGACGCCUUCCAUCUAGGCCAAAUGACGCGCUUCUUCGCCCUCCGCACAAAGACCAUAUUCCUUGGCUCAACGCUCAUAGACCCAGACUUUAACCCGGACAUGGACGAGAACGAAAAUCCCGCCACCGCGGAAACUUUGUCCUCGGAGCGCUCGCUCCCCCCAGCGGACAUCACGGCCCUUAUCUCGUCCCUCAAGCAAUGUCCAGAUUACCAGAUAGACUCGAACCAUACAGCCUGCGGGAUCAGGCGACGGUUUCUUCCGUCUCUCGAUUGCAUUGAAGGCUUCGUUGGCGACGAGCGGGGCCUCCUCGGUGUCAAUAUGCGGUAUUGGCGUCGAGUUGAAGCGCCGCCGGGUGGCGCUUGGCCGCAGAUCCACGGAUCCUGGGCGAAUCGUGCUCAUCGUAGAGCCCUCGCUAUUGAUAUUCGUCUGUCUAGGAUAAGUGGGGUACCGAACAUGUCGCGCGGUAUGCCUGCAGCGGAGCUUCGGGAGGAGGAUGCGAGGUUAUUAUUUACGGCGAAGAAGCGCAACUGGGAGGCAUCAUGAUCUAUCCUGUCUCUUCUUGUAUAUGUGCUUGUUUGUAUAUAAGCGAGAAAGUGGUUUCAGAGGAGGUAUCUAGUCACUAGCCCCUGCUGGAGAGGAUACGAAAUACUCCGUUUCUAGAUUUGUGCUGACAGAUAGCGGAAGAUACUCUGCGCUGCUGUCACGCGAUUGGAUAACAGGACGAGCAACUUGACCUUGGAGACUUGAUAAAUUUCUAGUACACUCUGAGGAUAUCAAGAUGCUUGAUAAAGCUGAAGAGGGAUAAUUUCCAAUCUGGCACCGCUAACAAAACAUUAAAGCACAUCGGUUGGCACUAGUUAAUCAAAACGAGUGACAUGCAAUACAGCAGGCGGCUUGAUUCGAGCGGUGUUGCGCAGUUAGAUAGGAUAGUAGUAUCCAGAACCGUACUGGCCGGGGUCUCGGCUCCUCGUCACUAAAUGGUAGAGGUUGUCUGUGCAUGAAGAGGGGUAUGGGAAUCCCUCUUCAGUCAGGAAUCCUCCCCCAAGAGAGACUUGAGACGGAUCCACGAAUUGCGGAGGCAUGUCGACUGGAAUUGACUGGAUAAUUCGUAGUACGUCAGUCUGGAAAUGAGACGUAGGGUAGGAGUCCGGGGCGAGCAAUCCCUCCAUGAUUCCUUGGAAAUGAUUGGGCUCGACAUUGUCAACUUCCUCGCCGACUUCCUCGACCCCUGGCACUCCUUUUACACCUCCGUCUGCCUCUCCGUCUGCCUCUCCGACUGCGUCCCCGUCUGUCUCUUCAUCUUCCUCCAUCUUAUUCUCGACUUUUCCGUCGUUCGAAAGAAGAUGCUCGACGAGAGGUUUGACAAGCUUUAGGGCCAUUUUCGAAGAUUCACAGUUCUUGGACAAGUUUGACAGCAAUUCAACUGAUGUGUGGGCAGCUUGUUUGUGCACGGAAGCCCUCUCGGGGGCAUGCCGAAAACCAUCGCAUAUCUCACGGCAUAAAACUGCUGUUGCCUGCAUGAGAAAAUGCAGCACGAACCACCAAGAAGAUAUGUCAUGUAGAGCAAUCUUCUUUUCUGAAGCUUGAAUGAGCACCCGAACUAUGUGACAUGCAGAGUUCGACGCAUUCAGCUGCUAAAUACUCUGGACGACAAACCUCUCUCUGGUCGUUUUGGUCUGCUGGCUCCGGAACCUGCAAAUCAAGGGUAGCAUGCGUCAGAGUGAUCCUGGUACUAUGAUAAUGCAGCCCAAGGCUCAGUCGCUGCCUUGUUAUUUUCGAUUUAGAAGGCGUCGCGGGACCCCUGGGGUCAAGCUUAUCGGUUAGAGUCGUGCUCCAGGUGUCGAUUUCGUUUAGCAGCUCGCUUAUGGUCCAGUGCUUCGAUCGACGGCGCCUGUUGUACUUUGAUCGUGUUGUAAUCCCUAGACAUCAUCUUUUAGCCGAUCGAAACGAGCUUGGAAAGCUCAGCGAAGUAGAGCUGGUCCAUGUCCAAAUCGGCGGAGUUUUUCUCGGAAAAAGUGCGAGCACUCUCUGAAUUCACAGUGUCAAGUGUCUCUGUCGCCAUGCCAUGCGCUAGGAGAGAGGGUCGCCCUGUCAUGACACUGAGGUGAUAAUGCAGACCACAUAAAGACCACCAUAAACGGCAUCGUUCUUCUUUGAAGUUCUCCGACAAGGCUGAUGUUCUGAGGUCCACAUGGAGACCGUUUGUCUCCUCGCAUAGACUCCAG